AUCGGAAUUGGAAAACAUGGUGGUCGGUGUCAACAAAAGUAACCGUAGUGACUCGGAAACUCCCACAGCAUCUUAGGGUAGCUAAUCUCUGACGAUGUUACUUUAAAAUCUUUCUGUUCUCUUUGAGCUUAGCUACGGUUGAAAAUGCAUUCUUAAGCAUGAAAACGCGUAAAACUCGAUGGAAUUAGAAGUGUCCUCAGUCGCAGGUAAAACUGAAAGUGAUGCAAGUGUUAACAGAACAGACUCAGCAAGCGAUGACGAGGAAGCUUAUCAGACAGACCAACAGAAAUAUGUCAUAGAAGAGGUGAUCCACAUUCCAUCUGCAUCUGAUAACGACCCUAAGAAUUUAGGAAUUGCUGUGUGGAAAAAUUCUUCCUCUGAGGAAUCUGAUCAUGAAGAAGGUUAUAAAGAAGGCAAUUCUUCCUCAGGAUAUGUUAGAGGUUUGGCCCCACCCCAGGUUCUGCUUAAAAGCUACAGAAGGCAAGCACGGGAAUUUGCCAACAAUGGAGAUGAUAGAGCUGUACAUGAUCGCAUCCGAUGUGUUGCUUUAACCAGAAUCAUUUAUGGGGAUAAUCACUGGAAACUGGCUAAAGCUUACUCUAAGCUUUCACAGGCAUAUCUCGAGCAGAGGGGAAUGGCCCAGCAAGCUCUGAUCCAUGCUGGAAAUGCUCGUGAUGUGUUACUUGCAGCAGAUGCAGCAAAACAUCAAGGAAGACAGAUUUAUGACAGAUCUGAUGUACUUCCCAUCAUGGAGUUAAUGUAUCUUGUGAUGGGACAAGCUCAAAUUGCCUUGAAGAACUUACAGAAGGCAGAGAACAGCUUUAAGAAAGCAGAGUUAGUAUCAAGAGAAAGGGAGGAACUAGGCCUGAAACAACAGGACCCUGGCAGACGGCUUCAAAUAUUGAUGGCUCUUGGUCGCGUUAGUCUUAAGACUCACAAAACAGGAUAUGCCCUGGAAUGCUUGGAAAAGGCAUUAGAGGUUGCUCAGGAAUAUUAUGGUGCUGACAGCAAAGAGUUGAUUCUGAUUUACCAAAGCCUGGCUCGUGCAGAAGGGAGUCAUGGUGACACAACCAGCAGAGAAAGGGCUUCAGAGUUAUUAAUGCAAGCUCAUGAUAUCAGCAAAUCAAAAUUUGGGAAAGAUUCAGUGGAAUUUGCAGAUUCUUCAUUUGUAAUGGCUGUAAGUUACACUGAUGAUGAUGACUGCCAAGAUAAAGCCAAGAAAUACCUAGAGGAUGCCAUAACUUUAUACAUGAAGCAUAGAGGUCCUUAUGCUAACUCAACUAUUAAGGCCCAGGAUGAGCUCAGUCGUUUGUUAAUUCGUGAUGGAAAUCUUGAGGAGGCAGUGUUGCUUCAGAAGUCAGUGGCAGAAGCUAAGACAGUGGUGUAUGGUGACCCAAGUGAGCAGGCUGCUGCUUCCUACCAGAUGAUGGGUAGUGUAAGACUGAAACAAGGACGCACUCAGCAGGCUCUGAAAUGGCUCACUAAGGCAUACAAUAUGCUGAGUGCAACCUUAGGAAAGAGUCAUAAGAGUACAAAAGAGAUGGCAGACACCAUCAGCCGCAUCAAGAUGUCACCCGAUGCUCAAAAAUUCCUAAGUUCAGAGGACAAACUGAAGAAGAGGCCAAGGUUCACUCAAGUUGUUGGUAGAUCUAAACCCCUGGGAUACUCUUCAACUCCCUCUGGGGAUUAACUUCAUCAGUGAAACACUGAAUAAAACCAGGGGUUUCAGAAAUGUUUAUAUUGUUCAUAAUUAUAUUAAAACUAAACAUGAUUUGUACAAAGGUAAGAAUCAGAAUAGAAUGACAUUUUUCUUUCUUCCAA